AUGCGCGAGAUCGUGCACAUCCAGGGCGGGCAGUGCGGCAACCAGAUUGGUGCCAAGUUCUGGGAGGUGGUGUGCGACGAGCACGGCGUUGAUCCCACUGGCACCUACCAUGGCGACAGCGACCUGCAGCUGGAGCGUAUCAACGUUUAUUUCAACGAGGCCACCGGCGGCCGCUAUGUGCCCCGUGCCAUCCUGAUGGACCUGGAGCCCGGUACCAUGGACAGCGUGCGCUCGGGCCCCUACGGCCAGGUGUUUCGUCCUGACAACUUUGUCUUCGGCCAGACUGGCGCUGGCAACAACUGGGCUAAGGGUCACUACACCGAGGGCGCUGAGCUGAUUGACUCAGUGCUGGACGUCGUGCGCAAGGAGGCCGAGUCGUGCGACUGCCUGCAGGGCUUCCAGGUCUGCCACUCCCUGGGCGGCGGCACCGGCUCCGGCAUGGGCACCCUGCUGAUCUCCAAGAUCCGCGAGGAGUACCCCGACCGCAUGAUGCUGACCUUCUCGGUGGUGCCCUCGCCCAAGGUGUCUGACACUGUCGUCGAGCCCUACAACGCCACCCUUUCGGUGCACCAGCUGGUCGAGAACGCCGACGAGUGCAUGAUCCUGGACAACGAAGCGCUGUACGACAUCUGCUUCCGCACCCUCAAGCUGACCACCCCCACCUUCGGCGACCUGAACCACCUCAUCAGCGCGGUCAUGUCGGGUGUCACCUGCUGCCUGCGCUUCCCCGGCCAGCUCAACGCCGACCUGCGCAAGCUGGCGGUCAACCUGAUCCCCUUUCCCCGCCUCCACUUCUUCAUGGUCGGCUUCUCGCCCCUCACCAGCCGCGGCUCCCAGCAGUACCGUGCGCUGACCGUGCCCGAGCUGACACAGCAGAUGUGGGACGCCAAGAACAUGAUGUGCGCCGCCGACCCCCGCCACGGCCGCUACCUCACCGCCAGCGCCAUGUUCCGCGGGCGCAUGUCCACCAAGGAGGUCGACGAGCAGAUGCUCAACGUCCAGAACAAGAACAGCUCCUACUUUGUUGAGUGGAUCCCCAACAACGUCAAGUCCAGCGUGUGCGACAUCCCGCCCAAGGGCCUGAAGAUGAGCGCCACCUUCAUCGGCAACUCCACCGCCGUUCAGGAGAUGUUCAAGCGCGUGAGCGAGCAGUUCACCGCCAUGUUCCGCCGCAAGGCCUUCCUCCACUGGUACACUGGCGAGGGCAUGGACGAGAUGGAGUUUACUGAGGCUGAGUCCAACAUGAACGACCUGGUGUCGGAGUACCAGCAGUACCAGGACGCCAGCGCUGAGGAGGAGGGCGAGUUCGACGAGGAGGAGGAGGCCGCCUGA